AUGUCGAGACCACCCACCUUGACAGGAUCCAACGCUAGCGACGAGGCGGCGAAGCGCUUUGAGGCCAGUAUCAAGAAACUUCGAAGGCUCGAGUUAUCACAGAGUUAUGUCGCGUUGCUGAAAGAUGCUGAGGAAUUGAGUAAGGAAGCGCUGCGGAAUAUCAAGUCUGAGGCUCGAUUAGCAAUCGCAUCGUAUACUCAGCUGCGGAACAUCGUGGAAUCAUUGGAUAAGGCCCAGCCAGCUGCAGAGGGCGCAAGUCCACAUCUGGUUGACUACGUAGGGCAAAUGGCGUCCAGGCUAAGAGAACAGAUGAAAAUGGAAUUCACAAAUCGGCUCCGGUCUACUUUGGAGCAGAUGAAUUGGCCGUCCAAGGAACUGAACUUCCCGGAAAAUCUCAGAAACCAAUGGGCGGACAACGUUGAGCUACUUCUUGACCUGCAAAUUCCGGAGCUCGAAACCCACGACUCUGCGAGUCAGAAAAUUGUUCAACCGCCGGUUUUGUUCGCAUUGGAGGCCAUGGUACAUCCGCUGGAGCUCCGUUUCAAGUACCAUUUCAGCGGUGACAAGCCAACAAAUCGACUGGACAAGCCUGAGUACUUCCUUGCCCAUACAACGGAUCUGAUAAACAACUUCGGCGCGUUUUUCACUUCAUACCUCCAGCCCAUCUUCAACCAGAAAUCCAAAACCGUGGGUGAUCAACUCGCAUGGCACUUUCUCAGUGCCUCUGAUGCAUAUAUUACCGCUAUUUUGCCGAUGGUAAGACACAAAAUCACGACCUACCUUCCGCAGAUUUCCGCGCAUCCACAGUUACUCAGUCAUUUCGUGCAUGAAUUGAUGGAUUAUGAUAACGGCAUUCGUGAGACCUGGAACUACUUACCCUAUCCUUAUUCGCAAGAAGAUUGGAGGGGACUUACGUGGGAGGUAUUGUCGAAGGAAGGAUGGUUUGACCGAUGGCUCCAAGUCGAGAAAGACUUUGCACUAGCCCGGUACGAGGAAAUCGUGGAUACACCAGAUAGUGGCCAUCUCGACUACGACGGAGUUGAGCCAACCGCGACCAAGCCAACUAGAGCCGCUAUUCGUGUGAACGAUCUUUUGGAGACUAUCACUGAGCGAUACCAACCCUUGUCAUCUUUCAGUCAAAAGCUCCGAUUUCUUAUAGACAUUCAGAUCACACUAUUUGAUCGAUUCCAUGAGCGCCUGCACUCAGCGCUGGAGGCCUACCUUGCCAUGACCUCAACAAUCGGCCGCACUGUGCAGGGCGCUGAUGGACAAGCCAGUGUUGAGGGCAUUGCCGGGCUAGAGCGACUCUGCAGAGUCUUUGGAAGCGCAGAAUACCUCGAGAAGAAGAUGGAUGACUGGAGCAAUGAAGUCUUUUUCGUGGAACUCUGGUCUGAACUGCAAGAACGCAUCAAGCAAAACAAACACAGCGGAAAAAAUGUUGCUGGGACAAUGUCCGUCGCUGACGUAGCAUCACGCACAUCCUCGGCCAUCAACAACACUUCCGGAGAGAUCUCCCAAGACGAGACGCCGGAAGGAGCUCUCUUUGAUGAGACCGCGUCCGCAUAUCGUCGCCUCCGACAACGCUCCGAGUCAAUAAUCAUAUCUACGCUUGUAUCCAAUGUUCGGUCUGCUCUAAAGUCCUACUCUCGUGCAUCUAACUGGUCAACAAUCUCUGGCCAUUCCGUUCCCGCAACAGGCCAUCUCCCCCCAAGCGCGGACCUCGCACAGACCAUGCGUGCUCUAUCCACAUCAAUCACAUUCCUCUCUCGCGCACUUGGUGUCGCCCCGCUCCGUCGCAUUGUUCGCCAGGUCCUCCUUUCCAUACAGACAUAUAUCUGGUCUAAUGUCCUUCUGCGAAACACAUUCUCCGCCUCCGGAGCCGCCCAGUUGGCAAGUGAUAUGGACCACCUCUAUAGCGUUGUCGAUGCAGCUCUCGGCCACGCAGUGCAGGCAGGAGGCUCAAAGUUUAUCCUUCAGAAAUUAAAUGAGGGUCUCCUCAUUCUGAACCUUGAAGCACAAACUCCCGUGGCCGAAGGUGAAGACAAAGCUCCUGCUGAGUCUGCGGCCGAAAAAGGUUUAGGAUUGUGGGAGGUUGAGAAGAGACUAUUCAAGGAUAAUGAGAGCGCGAGGGAGACGCUAGCGGAGUUGGGUGUUGAGACUUUAACUGAGUCGGAGGCUAGGAGUAUUCUGGAGAAACGCGUUGAGAUUGGGAGCUGAAUUGCCUUACCUAGUUAAUACGAAAUUUAUAUUCUAGUGGAUUAUAUAAGGAGAUAAGUGUGAAUGCAUCAUUCCGCUUUGUCA